GGAUCGGAACGCGCAUCAGACUGCCAGAGUCACGCGGUGUCCGUAAACGUGGCUUCACGUCACGAUGAUCUCUGCAAAACAGUGUCUGGUAUUUUUACCUUAUGUCGGAUCAGCUUGUAGGCAUUUUAUGAGACAUUUGUGGACAAAUGUUGGAAUGAGUUUGUAAAAGCAGUAUUAGUAUUGUAUUGUUUUUGUCUGUGUUGAGACAGUUUUGACCAGCAGGUGUCACCAUAUGGCGUGUGAAGCAAUUGUUCGUUUCUCCCCUUUUACCAACCGUGAAGUUUCGAAACCUUUGAGAGUCACUUUGAGAGUCACCAUUGAUUCGCAUCGCGUAUCUACAUGAUUUCAGUAAAUGAGCCGGCGUUGGGUCAUAAUUGCUUGGAAUAGUUCGCCAUUAGCAGUGCAUAUAUGAUUUUGACCUGAUCUCUGAUCAGUUUUAUUUGUAUUUCACAUCUGGGGGCUGAUUAAAACACACAAACAAACCCUGCCAUUCAUACAGACACCUCAUAUUUAAUAGUAUCUGUUGAUUGCCUUUACUAGAUUACACCCUCAGUAAUUUGCAAUCUGUUUGUAAAAAGUGUUUUAUACAUGUUUCUGUUGCACUUACGCAGUUUUGACCGGCAGGCGUCACCAGCGUGAGGCGUUUAGAGUGCUUCGAAACUAGGAAUCAUUUUGCGAAUCAAUUGGUUCAGUUGAUUCAAUGUUUCGAAAAGCUUCGCUUCCCCAUAGACAUCCGUUGCAGCGUGUCCUUUAGAUGGCGCUGAAUUUCCGCGCGUUUCCUCUUCUUCUUCACCUGUUUCUUGUGCGUUGUAUAAACUUCCGGCGGGAGCUUCACUUCUGUAGCGCGCAGCGGCGGUUCGGUUCGUUUCGAAGGUUCCGCUGGCUCGAGUUCAGCCGGUUUCGACCCUGCGAUGUCGGCGCUUCACCCCGGAGACCCGCAGCUGGUGUCGAUGAUCGUCAAUCACCUGAAGACCGAGGGUCUGUUCGAUCAGUUCCGCAGAGACUGUCUCGCGGACGUGGACACAAAGCCGGCGUAUUUGCACUUACGACAGCGAGUGGAUAACUUCGUGUCCAAUCACCUGGCAAACCACACAUGGAGCCCACAGCUGAACAAGAACCAGCUGAGAAACAGCAUCCGACAGCUGGUCCUGCAGUCAGGGAUGCUGGAGCAGGGAGUGGACCGGAUCGUGGCUCAGGUCGUCGAUCCGAAGGUCCAUCACUCCUUUCGGCCGCAGGUGGAGCGCGUCGUCCGGAAGUUUCUGUCUCCAAACAGCCACGUGGAGGAGGAUGAGCUUCCUCCUGUAGCUCCGCCCCUUCCUGCAGAAAUCCAGGAAGCUGAACUUCUGACCGUGGAACCUGGAAGUGAUGCUGCUGGAUGCUCUGGCGCUGAUGAUGUCCAGAUCCCGGAGACCAGCGGCACUGACCCGAGCCUCGAGCACAGAGACGAGGAGAUGGACAUCAGCCUCCCCGAGGAGACGGAGGAGCAGCCGGAGGAACCACAGCCUGGGAAACAGGAAGAGGAAGAGGAGGAGACGGAGGAGGUGAAGGACGAGGGAGACGCCGGGAACGGCAGUAAAUCCUCAGGGAAGAUCCGAGAGGAGAACCGCACAGACACAGACUCCCAGAAACCCUCCAGCGUCAAACAGAAGACCAGAGAGAGACUCCGAGAAGAGUACUCUCUGGAGGACUCUGAUCUGGACGGUCUCAGUGACAUCACGGUGAGUUCGGUCCACACCAGCGAUCUGUCCUCGUUCGAGGGAGACAGCGAUGAGAACGAGCCUCUGUCGGAGUCCACCGAGGAGGGAGAGAUCAGCUCGGGGGGUGAGAAGCGCAUCACGUGAUCAGUGUGUGUGUGU